AUGUCAACAAUUACACUAGACAAGCAAGUGGGUGGUAAUGAUUCCAUAAAAGUCUUCAUUUCAAUUGAAUCCUCCCAAUUCGAGAGAGAAGAAGAAGAAAAAGAGAGAGAUCAGAAAAUGAAUCGGAACUUGAGCUCUCUCCUGAUAGGGCUGGUGGGUGCAGCCAUCACGUUAUCUGCUUAUUCUCAGACAUGGAUUUCUCCAACAGAGUGCAUCACAGUGGGUCUUCUGGUUCUCAUUUUUGGUCUUCUUGUCAAUGAAGGUCUCAUCUCUCUUUAGCCUUUCUAAUUUGUAUAUUUUAAUUUCAAUUUUAUUUGUUUCCUCAUUUCUCUCUGUAAUUUCAUUCCAUUUGUAUCGCAACUACUACUCCGCUCAAUAACUUCCAAGAUUUCAUAUCCAUGAUCAUUUGUCAAAUCUCUAAUUUCCAUAUUGAGAUAAGAGUACUGAUUUUAUUUUCUAUAUAUUACUUUCCUUGUUUGA